AAAAUCAGAAACCGUUUCAAUGUCUUUGCCAAACUGCCGGCGUGGAUGAAACAUGGAGAUUGCUUACAGUUUACCCUUCGCUGUUUUAGAAAUACCCAAUUUAAAACUGAAAAGACCAUCAUGGCUUCAUCAGCCUUCUGCGAUGGUGAUGUAUUCGUUAGUCCUGGCGUCCUAUUUUCUAGUGUGUGGAGGUAUCAUUUAUGAUGUGAUAGUGGAACCUCCCAGCAUAGGAUCAACAGUAGAUGAGCAUGGACACUCCAAACCUGUUGCAUUCAUGCCCUACAGAGUAAAUGGACAAUAUAUUAUGGAAGGCUUAGCUUCCAGUUUUCUGUUUACUAUUGGAGGUUUGGGAUUUGUUGUUUUGGAUCAGACCCACAACCCAAGUACACCACGGCUGAAUAGGAUUCUUCUUAUCUCUGUUGGUUUUGUCUGCAUCUUAGUUUCUUUUUUUACAUGCUGGGUGUUCAUGAGGAUGAAACUUCCAGGCUAUUUGCAGUGAAGAGUAAGCCAAGAAAGUCAAGCUAAAACUCAGUAUGAAGUAAUGGAAGAUAUACACAAAACUAUUACAUAUUAAGUCAUAUAUCUAAAUUCUGUAUGUUGAAAUAAGCCAGUUUGUAUAAUUAGAUAAUAAAACGAAUUUUCAAUUUUUU